AUGUUGGCCUUCUCCAAGUUUAGGAAAGCAUUCGGAUUCCGCCGAAACCUCAGAAUGUUUUCUGUUCCGUCCGAGGAACUUGUCUCCCCUGACCCGCAACUGGGUCUCCGUUUCUGCAUCUUGGUGGCACUCAAGUUCGGAGCUUUUCGCUCCCAACAAUACUUUAAAUUGGUGAGUGAGAUCCUCUGCACUAACAAUUGGUUUUCCCUUUACUGGGAAGCUCUUGAGCUGCUUAAGAAAUCUGGGGUUUUGAUAACUUCUGAAUCAGUUAGAGCUUUGAUUAGAGCGUAUUCCCAGAUGGGUCUCACCGAGAAGGCUGUAGAGAUAUUUGGUAGAAUGCGUGAAUUGGAUUGUAUGCCUGAUGAUCGUGCCUAUAACACGAUUUUGAGAGAGGUGUUGAGGAAAGAGUUAUUUUUGCUGGCUUUUUCUGUGUAUAAUAUGAUGCUUAAGUCCAAUUGUUGUGCUGAUGAAUAUACUUAUAACAUGUUGAUUGAUGGGUUUUGUAAAAGUGGGAACAUUAAGGGUGCACUUGAGAUGCUCGAUGAGAUGGACCAUAGGGAUAUAUUGCCGGGUGUUAUAACGUACACCUCCAUUCUUUCUGGUCUGUGUCAGGGGAAGAAGGUAGAUGAGGCACAUAGGUUGUUUAAUGUGAUGAAAGAAAGAGGAUGCCGGCCUGAUUUGAUUUCUUAUAAUGUUCUACUUAAUGGGUUUUGCAAGAUGGGGAGGAUAGAUGAAGCUGUUUCGUUUCUGCGGUUGUUAGGGAGGGAUGGAUAUGCCCUUCAGCGAAACAGCUAUAGUUCUCUGAUUGAUGGCCUUUUUAGGGCUAGGAGAUAUAAUGAAGCGCAUUCGUGGUACACGAGGAUGUUAAAGGAGGGCAUUAUGCCUGAUGUUGUUUUGUACACUAUUAUGAUACGUGGUUUGUCGGAAGAGGGAAAGGUUGGUGAAGCUGUCAAGAUGUUGGAUGAGAUGACUCAGAGAGGCUUGGUUCCUGAUGCUUAUUGUUACAAUGCAUUAAUUAAAGGAUUCUGUGACAUUGGUUUUUUGGAUCGAGCACGAUCUCUUCAACUUGAGAUUUCUGAGCAUGAUCAGUUUCAUAAUACUUGCACGUAUACCAUUCUCAUCUGCGGCAUGUGUACGAAAGGAAUGAUUGGGGAGGCACAGGAAAUAUUUAAUCAGAUGGAGAAGCUUGGGUGUUUUCCUUCAGUUGUGACUUUCAAUGCUCUUAUAAAUGGACUGUGCAAGGCUCGUAAACUUGAGGAGGCACGUCUUUUAUUUUACAAGAUGGAGAUUGGGAGAAGUCCUUCUUUAUUCUUCCGACUUUCUCAGGGUUCUGAUCGAGUUUCAGAUAGUGUUAGUCUACAGAAAAAAGUGGAGCAAAUGUGUGAGGCUGGACAAAUUUUGAAUGCUUACAAGUUUCUCGUGCAACUUGCUGAUAGUGGGGUUGUGCCCGAUAUUAUGACAUACAACAUUCUAAUCAACGGCUUUUGCAAGGAUGGCAAUAUGAAUGGUGCUUUCAAGCUUUUCAAGGAUCUGCAACUCAAGGGGCUCUCACCCGAUUCUGUUACUUAUGGGACACUUAUUGAUGGGCUUUACAGGGCUAACAGAGAAGAGGAUGCCUUUAAGAUUCUUGAGCAUAUGUUGAAGCAUGGGUAUGAACCUAGCUUUGCAGUUUAUAAAGCACUUAUGACUUGGUUGUGUAGAAAGAGGAAGGUCUCACUGGCCUUCAGUCUUUAUUUGGAAUAUCUGAAGAAACUUCCUGGCCAGGAAGAUGAUUCGAUCCACGCUUUGGAGGAAUUUCUUGUCAGAGGAAAAGUGGAACAAGCAAUUCGAGGUUUACUAGAAUUGAACUUCAGGUUUAGAGAUUUUGAUUUAGCUCCAUAUACGAUUCUACUUAUUGGAUUCUGUCAGGCAGGAAAAGUAGAUGAAGCAUUAAUUGUAUUUUCUGUUCUUGACGAGUUUAAUAUCAAUAUCAACCCUCCAAGCUGUGUAUAUUUGAUAAAAGGUCUCUGUGCCGAAGGGAAGCUGGAUGAAGCAGUAGACAUCUUCCUUUACACGCUUGACAGAGGUUUCAUGUUGGGGGCAAGAAUUUGUAACCGGCUCCUCGAGUGUCUUCUUCUUUCUCCAGAUAAAAAGGAGUAUGCUAUUGAUCUUAUUGAUAGGAUGAAGUGCUUUGGAUACCCUUUAAGAUCAUUUCAUUAUCGCGACACAAUGUCCCUUUUACAUCAGUUACAGGGAAGGAUGAGCAAUAAAAACUGGUUCUCAUAAGAGAUUGAAUAACACUGACUGGUCAAGAUGAAUGAGUUUCUUUAUUUAGCUCUUCAGUGCAUAUCCCCAUUAAGGAAAGUGGUUACGAAUCAGGAGACUUGCCACACUUUCUGAUGAACCGAAGUAUAUUCUACCUAUAUGCCAAGAGCCUCUGGGAAAACAUUGGCAAGGAAGAGGAAAAGAAGAUUGCCAUUGUCCAUAUGAGGAUUCAAUGUGGUGAUAUCUUGCAUAAUGUACACUGGCGGGCAAGGGCGUAUUUUUCGGUGUUUACCUUUAGGGGCAUACCGAACAGAUCUUUUUUCAGAUAUGCAUGAUGCAAGGCGACAAGAGAGUCAAUGUUAUAAUUAUUUAUUAAUUACAUAAUUUAAAUUCAAUUUUGAAAAGGUGAUUCCGACCAUGAAAAUGAGGCUGUGAGGGGACUGAACAUACUAAGAAGUUGCCCAAAGUUAUUUACUACUUUCGUGAAGCUUCAAGGUUUGGGUCAUUUUGGAUGGACUCCGGUUUAUGUUGUCAUCCACUAACCUGUUGCAAGUGUCGUUGUUCCUCUGUAUGUGUGCAGUUAUAUCUUCAUUCUUGAGUAUUCAGUGUGAGUGCGACUGCUGCUACAGUUACCAGUUCUCGAGGUAAAAGAAGAUUGUUUGCCCACAUAAAUGCAGUGAAUUGUGUUACUAAUAUGGGAUAAUUUAAUCAAAUGCAUGAGCGAAUGUUAAGGAGGUUGAGUUUUUAAAAUCAAAACUGAUAUUGGUCUGCACUCCCAAAUUGUCAAAUCACUCUUUGUGUGAAGGUAAUUAGCUGGUGACAGACAUAAAAUGUGAUAGUUGACCAAGGUUGCAUUAAAAAGAAGAUUUGAGAUCCGCUCAAGUAAAGCAUCUAGCCAUAUACCACGCUUACCAUGUGAGUGGUUUAGCUUUUCCAUUCUUCUUGUAAUGCUUUGAAUAUCGUAAAGAAAAUACCAAGAGAAAUGAACUGGCCAGAUUAUGGGGCUAGUUUGAGCGUGUUGUUCUGUAACCUUAAAUGUUUACCUGGAAGAGAAUUUCUAACAACAUUGUUAACCUGAUGUUAAGAGUUUCAGCAUAGGAUUGUCUCGGUGUCUCACUCGUGAUGAUGAGGCGUUUG